AUGGCCUUCAAUCACCGAAAGUUGGUCCAAGAUUUCUGCAACAAUACCAUAAAACAAUUCUGCGGAACAAAUUAUUGCGACCCAUCGAAGAACGAAAACGGCGCUUGUCCACUUUCAUGUAUCUCCUGCUGUUACCCAAUAUGUUAUCGUCCUCUGGGACCAGUUUCAGACCCUAAACCCACUUGGAAUGAUCCUCCAAACCCACCACACAGACUAUCUCUCCUCUUCAUCAUUGGUCUCGCUAUACUCGCCGCCACUUUCUUUCUCUUCUCUUGUUUCCUGAUCUACAAGAUCUACACAGGUUGGUUCAGAUGUAGGAGGAGAUCACAGCCACAAGAAGAGGAGAUUCAUGAUGAUUUUCUUGAUGAAGAUCAUGGGCCUGUGGUGGAUCAUCACAUAUGGUACAUCAGAACUGUGGGUCUUCAACCAUCAGUCAUCAGCGCAAUUACAAUUUGUAAGUACAAAAGAGGGGAUGGACUUGUUGAAGGAACAGAGUGUUCUGUUUGUUUGAGUGAGUUUGAAGAAGAUGAGACUCUUAGGUUAUUACCCAAGUGUAGCCAUGCUUUUCACAUUCGUUGUAUUGAUACUUGGCUUAGAUCUCACACCAAUUGCCCCCUUUGCCGUGCUGGGAUUGUGAUCAACGCGGCCGAAUCGCGACCCCUAGAACAGAGUGUGAAUAAUUCAGGUGUUGCUGAAGAAACCCAGUUGGGAAUUUCAGAGAAUAACAAUGAAUUAGCAGGGGAUGGAGAAGAAGAGGCUUGUGAAUUGAGGAAUAGGAUAGAGGAAGAAGGCGAAUCUCAGGUCGAAAAUCGAAUAAAGAUUGAGGAAAAUUCAAAGGGGGAGGUGGAUGAAGUUCAACCAUUGAGGAGAUCUGUUUCUGUGGAUUCCUUAACAGCUUCAAUGAUCAGUCUUGCUGUAGCUAGUGCUCAUUCAUCACAAUCUAAUGGGAAUUCGGAUUCUCAGGUUGUGAAAAUCAAUGAAACAAAUAUGGAAAUUGUGCCAAAAAACUUUGGUGUUAAUAUGAGAUUGGUGGGUAGUCCUUCAAUUGGAAGAUCACUGCAAAAAGGGCCUCGUCCGAUCAAGAGAUCAUUUUCUUACAGUGGGACG